AGGAACUUGAUUUAAAUUUGUGUAUUGCCAAGGGAAAGGAGCCAAGAACAUGGAUAGAGAGAAGUUUCAGCAGAAUGCUCUGAAGCAAACUAAGCAGAAGAAAUCCAAGUCGGCUGAAUUUCUGAUGGUUAAAGAAGACAGAGAAGCUAUGGAAGGCAUUGGAAACCCAGCUUUUAACAUGAGCAGCCCUGAUCUCUCAGCAUAUCAGACUUCAGAAAAGAAAGUUAUUAGACAUGACUUGCUGGAUCGCACCCUUGCAGCUCACCAAGAAAAGCGCAGGCUGCUAGCCUAUGCUGAACUGAGAGGAAAUGAAUACAGCAGAAAUUACUUUGACCCACUGAUGGAUGAGGAAAUAAACCCAAGGCAGUGUAGGAUGGAGGUCAGCAGAGAAGUUGAUAAUAGAAUUCUCUAUGAUGAUCCAUCAAUGAGGCUGUUUGAUGAGAAUGGAUGUAGAGGAGUCCAAGAUUUAACAGUCUCCAUCUCCUCAGCCUCUUCGAAUACAGAUGAAAUUCAUAAGAGGCUUGAAGAACAAGGCUCCCCAAGGCUCUUACCUCCUCAAAGUGUCCCUGCUUAG